UGCAACUUGAAGCUCAAAUUCAAGCUUUGAAGAGUCAGCGGAACCGGUUUUGAUCAACUUCCUUCUUCCCCUUGGCACUUGGCAAUUGUACAUGCUUUAGCCGAUUUCCACGGGCUAGCUGUCUAAAUGUUGCUUGGCGUAGAGCCGAGAUUGGCGCCGUGCCCUAAUGAUGGCCACCGUGACCGCUGCAUCUCUUCGGUGGGCACCCGACCAAGCCCAAGCCGGUAUUUGCACAUUGGCCGGCCUCACCCCGAUGAACUGGGCCUCGUGUUCCUCUUCGAACGAGGCAGAAGUACCCUUUCAUUGAACCGUUGUCCCGCAAAAGGGUUAUUCCAAGCAUGUCGCUUUUGAUUGAAACAUCCUCGGUACACUGCAGAGCGAUGGAUUCUGUCGCUGUUAUCAGCACCAAACAAUUGAAUGCUGUCCUUUGUACGAUGAACUUCGCAAACUCUCUCUUAGAGGUGGAGAUCAACGAAGCUCGGUUCGCUUUGCAGAGAGAUGGAGAAGAGUUAUUGAACAUAGACUCUGUGGUCAACAGCCUACAGGCUGAGAUCGAGGCGAUACACGCACGCAUAGCUGUUCAGCAACAGAAGCGGCGCGCUGUGGAAACUCGCAUUUUCGAAAACAGAGCUCGCAUCAGCCCUGUGAGGUUCCUUCCCACAGAAAUUCUUCAGCAAAUAUUCAGAUACUGCCUCCCCAACGAUCGAUAUGUCAUCCCCCACAUACUGUCCGCCCCGCUUUUACUUUGCCAAAUUUGUCGCCGCUGGAGGGACAUUGCACAGGCAACACCAGAACUCUGGUCUUCUAUUGAUGUUCAUGACUGGGGCGUCUGGACUGCAGACUUUUACACGGCGAUGGUAGCUCGCUGGCUUGCAGCAGCACGUACUCGUCCGUUAACUGUCAGUGUAGUGUGCCUCCAGAAAUGGGAUUGGUUCCGCCAGUACGAUCCAACACAGUCAGGACUUUUCCGCCUGCUUGCAUCACACUCGGGGCGAUUUCAUGAUCUUCAUAUACAGGCCAGCCGCGGCUACAUUGAUGCAUUCAUUGCCAGCGGUUCCUACGCUGUGAAACGCAUCUUGGUAUCCGUCAUGCCAACGUCGUUCCUUGCCAACUCCGGACAUCCUCUUACCCUUUGCACGUCGAACAUUACGCACGUCGCUCUUUGUGGAAAGGAAGCGCUCAUCAACCUUAUUCCACGUGCCACGUUCCCUCAAAUUACCCACCUUACACUCGACAGACCAGGGGCAGAAGUCGACUUCAUGAAAAUCCUCCUUGACUUCCCAGCACUAGUUCGGCUGAAAAUCAAGCUUUUCUUCCACGGCGAAAGCUUGGAGAUAGUUAAUCCUCCCCCUGAUGGGAUGACCCUCAUUAAGCAUCAGGCCUUGGAGACACUAAGCAUCUACCUAUCAGAGGAUGCGGUUCAGUUUGGGAAUGUAGCACCCCUAGCUCGCAUCUUUGAUUCGUUGUCUCUGCCAUCUUUGCGAGAGUUGGCCUUUGUCGCUCUUGACCGCGCCUGGGAGGCCACUGUCGACGAAUGGCUUCCUGACUCGGUGAAGGUGUUAUUCAGUGGGUCGUCAUGUUCGGCCAAACGCCUUCUUUACCGCAAUUUUAAACGCCCUCUGGACAUGAUUGGCUUCCGUGAACAGCUUAGGAACCUCGCUAUCGACUUGAGGGUUGAUAACACACGAUUCGGCUGUCAUUGGUAUGACAUUGCAUCCUAG